UGCCGGUCUCUCGUCACACCAGGGUUCAUGCUACCGCUGAAUUUGCAGAGCCGCCUCUGUAGCCGCUGCUCGCCGUCGUUGCUCGCCGUCGUUGCUCGUUGAUUCUCUCUCGUUUGCCGCUAUUUAGAUCUGCCCGUGCUGGCUCUUAGUCUCCCUUACCUCACGAAAGCCUUCUUUGUUUCACUAUGCUUUCUCGUUUACUUCCUAAACCCUCCCAUUUCAGAUUACUAACCUUGAUUUCCACUAAGCCCCCAGCUCAAGCUCCUAGAUUUCAUCUUCUUCCCCGAUUCUUCUCCUCCAGUAACAAUGGAAGUAAUAACAAUAAGAACGGUGGAAGCAGAGACCAACCGACGAGUAAUGUCUGGAAGCUUUCACGGGAAAGCGACGAAAAUUUCGACCAAUUGUUCACUCAGGAAGCUGACAACCUUGAUGGUAUAGCGGAGGAUGACUCUGCUCCGGCCAAUGACGAUUCAUGGGUGAGGUCGGAAGACGGGGAUCAGGGUGCUGCGGGAGACAUUUUUGCGAGAGUGGAGAAGGAAAUUCGAGGAAAUAAAGAUGACGAUGGUGCUAAUGAAUGGGUUGCGGCGACAAAGUUCGAGCCGUGGAGCCUGGUAGAGGAAGAAAAGAGUGAUCUGUUCAACAUUCAGGAGGAUGCAGUUGAAAUUGGGAAACCCAGAGAUGAGAUUAAGGAAGUGGAUAGUGAGAGCAAUGAGGAUGCUAGGAAGCUCGAAAAGGAGGAGCAGGAACUCACUGCCAUCCUUAAAGGUCCUAAUCGAGCAUUUGGAGACCUUAUUGCUGCAUCAGGAAUCACGGAUGACAUGCUAGACAGUUUGAUUGCGUUGAAAGAUUUGGAAGGGGUUGAGGGGUUGCCCCCUCUAAGUGUAUUAGAGGAUAUGCGUUAUGAGAAAAACACAAGAAAAUCCUCAAGAGCUGAAAUUGAGCGCCAGAAACAAGAAGAGGUUGCAAAAGCAAGAGUGAGACAGAUAGAUGACAAAGGAAGAGCAUAUGGCACAGGAAGAAGGAAAUGUAGCAUUGCUCGUGUAUGGGUUCAGCCAGGAGAUGGCAAGUUCGUAGUGAAUGAUAAAGAAUUUGAUGUUUAUUUUCCAAUGCUUGAUAGUCGGGCUGCUCUUCUUCGACCUUUCUCCGAGACCAAAACAUUAGGCCUUUGGGAUGUCAAAUGUACGGUUAAAGGAGGUGGCACAACAGGCCAAGUUGGAGCUAUUCAAUUGGGUAUCAGCAGAGCGUUGCAGAAUUGGGAGCCAGAUUUCCGUCCUCCAUUGCGAGCAUCUGGUUUCUUGACGCGAGAUUCACGUGUCGUAGAAAGAAAGAAGCCAGGAAAGGCGAAAGCAAGAAAGAGCUUCCAAUGGGUGAAGCGUUAGGUCAAACAUGUACUCGUAUGGAACUUCGACAUUUUUCUUCUGCAAUAAAUAGACAAAAGGUUUAUAAACAGGUUGGUUCCUGCAUCGUUUUUGUGAUGUAGCCAUGAUUUGUUUAUUCCAAAUAUUCUGUUUGUUUGUUGCAAAUAUAACUAUUGAAUUUAACACUGAGCCAUGGAAGUUUACUACUCCCUCUCCCCUCUCAUGGAUAUUUCUUGACUUU